AUAUAGGGGCACUCAAGUAAUUUCAUAUAUAACCGGGUGUGGUUUCGAAUUUCGGGGCCGGGUGUGUCUGCCAUCCCUACUUCAGAGUCCACAACCAAAAAAAGAGUGCGACUUUCGAACUUUUCCCGCCAAGCCAUAGCAAUGGAGAGAGUCCAAUGCUCCUACGAAUCUCAGGAUAAAACGUUCGAAAUCGGGAAAGAGAUGUAUCGUGGACAGCAAUACAGUCAAAUUUACUAUGCUCGUCUUCACUUGAUGAGAACUCUACUGUAUUCUCUUGUUUCCCAGUGGAAACCUAAUUCUCCUGUGUGCACGGUGUUGGAACUGAAAGAGGGCAAGGAGUGUGUUGUUGUUGGGACACUGUUUAAAAACAUGAAGUUGAAACCUUGCAUACUUGAUGAGUAUUCUAAAGAGAGAUCGGUUGUCCCACUUGUCAAGCCGCAUAACUUUGUGGACAAAAAUGAUUAUCUUGUUUUGGAAGAUGAAAGUGGAAGAGUUAAGCUUAGUGGGAAUGUUAUUGUUCCAUCUGUCUAUGUAACAGGAAUUGUGGUUGCUAUACAUGGUAAAGAGACCGGAGCAGGUGAUUUUUUGGUUCAGGAAGUUCUAGAAGCUGGCUUACCACCGCAGAUAGAAUUCCCCAUUAAAUCAAGGGAAGACAGAUAUGUUCUUUUUGUGUCAGGAUUAAGUAUUGGCAGCAGCAAGUCUAACCCUCUUCAAUUUCAGCUUCUAGUUGAUCAUAUUACUGGCCAUUUAGGAGAUGAGAAGGAGCAAAGUAUUGCGUCGCAAAUUGUUCAUGUAGUCAUUGCUGGAAAUUCUGUUGAGAUAGCUCGUGGACUUCUUAAUGGACAGAAUUUGGCUUCAAAAGAUCUUUCGAAGAUGGCAGAACCAGUAAAGGAGCUAGAUAUUCUGUUGAAUCAGAUUGCUGCGGGUUUGCCAUUGGAUAUCAUGCCAGGACCCUGUGACCCUGCUAAUUUCUCAUUACCACAACAGGCAUUGCAUAGAUGCCUUUUCCCCGGGUCAUCAGUUUACAACACUUUUAGAUCUUGUACAAACCCUCAUUGUUUUGAGCUUGAUGGUAUCAGGUUUCUUGGGACAUCUGGUCAAAAUGUAGAUGAUCUUGAUAAGUAUUCAGAGGCAAAAGAUAAAAUUGACUUCAUGGAAAGGACAUUACGAUGGAGGCAUUUGGCACCAACUGCACCUAAUACCCUUGGUUGCUAUCCUUAUACUGAUAGGGAUCCUUUCUUCAUUCAGGAUUGUCCACAUGUGUACUUUGUUGGCAAUCAGGAAAAAUAUGAUACCCGUGUGAUAAAGGGAUCAGAAGGCCAGUUGGUUAGACUCAUUUGUGUUCCUAAAUUCAGUGAAAAUGGAGUUGCAGUUAUGUUGAAUCUGAGGGAUCUUGAAUGUCACACUCUCAGUUUUGGAACUCAGUUCAGCCCAUAACACCACAGAAUGAAGUUUUUGUGGUUACAGGGAGUUUGUUUAUUAUGCUGCUAUCUCCAUGUCUUUGGAGAUACCGCGAAGAACUGAAAAUUGAAUCUUGAAGAUGACAAGGGCUGCUGUGUUUCUUUACUGUAAUUUAGUUUUGUACUAACCCAUUAUGUCAACCUUAGUAAGUUAAGACAUAAUAUUGACUCGAAUUUGUAUUUUACUAUUUAGUUUUGAUUGUAACAUAGUAAGUAGUAUUUAAACAUGUGAUUUAAGUUUAUUGAA